AUGAAGGCCCUGGGUUUGAUUGUGUUGGGAUGUGUGGUGAUUGCGGUCUAUGGAAGCUCCAAGUCGUUGAGCAACUUUGGCCAAACUCGCAUGUCCAAUGGGAAGACGGAGCAUCAAAAAUGUCAGGGGGAUGUAAGUUGAGGUGAUAUUAAUUACAAAGUAAAGCUUAUGGUGUUUUAAUAACUCGUAAAUAAUUCUGAAUUUCGAGUGAUCGUCGCAACCCUAAAACACUUCUUAAAGGGCACCACUAUCACUGAAUGUGACGGCACCACCCAUCCGGGACUGAAAGCCAGCGCCGAAUCUUGUCGAACUUGGUGUGGCGGAGAGACCGACUUUGAUUUCGCUGAUUCCGACAAGGCCAAGAACUCGAGAGGCCGAGCCCAGUCCAGUUUCUCAUCUUCAAGAACCAAGGAUGGAGUGAGUCAGCAUCAGAAGUGUGCUGGAGAUGGAAGUACCAUCACAGAAUGUGACGGAACCCAGCAUCCAGGCGGUCGAGCCACCUCGGCCAAUUGCCAUGUCUGGUGCGAUGGUAGUGCGGAUUUGUGAUUUAGUAUUAUCAGAGUAAAAAACAGAGGUAUUUCAGUUUGAAAUGUCAUGAAAAUAAAAUACAUUACGUAAAGCUGUAUGAUAAUGACACAACUUUGUGGAAUGGUCCCCCGCCGACCCGAUUAUAUCAUAAGUAAUGCAUUCGGCAAAUGGGUUUUCAUUAUGACUGUAAACAAAAUCUCCUUUCAUUAGUUUUGGAACCGGCUUUUACCGGUUCUUAAUUUUCGUUCCCACUGAAGCGUCGCUCUUCCAAUGCCUGAGGGAAAAUGAAAAGUUAUGCAAUGAUAGAUCAAUAUCUCCAGGAGGCUUUUAGGGGAUCUUCAAGGUGUUGACGAUGAUGAUUGAGAUCUCACAAAGAACAGGUGUUUGUUGGGUAAAUCUUUGUGAUGUCAUUAAAAAAAAUUUAAAUUGGAAUAAACAAGGUAUUUCUGGUGGAAAGUACGUAGAUUUGGAUGCAUAAAUUUUAACAAAGUUUGGAGCAAAUAGAGGCUAGAGUUUUCUAAAACGUAUCCGAGAUUGUUGGCAUAGGCUUCAUCAAAGCCUUACAAAUUUUUUAGGCUAAUGACUCACGAAAUUCCUCCUAGAGUAAUGACGAACUAAUCCCGUACAAAAAGAUCCCUUUUCAUGAUCAUUUAUCGUUAUUCUUCAUAGCGCCUUUUGCAUAAGGAUUGCCGGUUAUACACAGCAUGUCCUAGAGUAUCUUGAAGCCUCCAAAAAUUGAUGUUUGUAUCAUGACAAACACCGGUACAAAAUUUGAGACCAUUGACUAUUAAGUUGCGCCUGGCAGUGCUCUUACAAUUGAUUCCAGCCCUCAGCAACUUCACUAAUUUGCUGACAAUUGUGAAGCGUUCUGGAUGACUCAACUCUCUCUCUCUCCAUUCCACAGAAUUGGAUGCCAUUUUCUCCAUCACCUUUCGAGUUUCUCUCAUUCCCAUUUCUUGCAUAAAUCACAAAACUCCAUAAAAGUACACACUAAUUUUAUUACCCUCUCCCUCCCUUCCGCAUCCGGCUCUGCUCAUUGUAAAAGAAGCCCUGCUAAUAACCCGUCUCCCCUUACAAUUAUCUUGCCGUUCCCACACCUCAUCCGGAUCUGGCGAGGAUCCAGUUUGAUUAUGAUCUUCACCUUACUCAUUUUCAUAAGAAGACGGGUUUUGCGCUUCAUUCCGAGAGACAAACAAAGAGGGAACACUCUCUCCCGCCUCCUUUCCCUCCGCGGUGCCGAAGGGUUAUAUAAACCAGCGCCGGCUAAUUCGAAUCAAGCGCCAGUAUUCCAGUUGUUUUACAGCCAUCGGAACCAAGGGCUUGGGGUUUGAAUAUUCGCUGAGUAAUCAGUGCUUUAGGUGGCGGAAAACUCGGUUGUUUUAUUGAGAUAAAACUUGGACCUAGUUUAGAAUGAGCCCUUCGAAGAUCUGGCAUGGAUUUUUAGCCUACGCUUUGAAGAGAUUAACAAAAUUUAAGGUCGAAGGCUGAUUGGGGAUAAAAUUGUGGGGACAUUUUGUAACCACUUCGCUUUCACUGUGCUGUGAAAUUUUAGAUCCAAGGCUUUCCUAGAUUUUCUUCAUAUUUUAUGUGUUAGCUUUGUCCAGGCCAAAUUACCAUCACUAAAUAUUUCAUUCCUAAAUUUUUAGUAUAGCCAAGAUAUUCGACGGCAGAAUCACGUCAGAAUUUCCAAGUUAUUCCUCAAGCUUUUUUGAGUAAAAAUCUUAUGCCUCAAGCAUCAGCAGAUGGCUUCUUUUAUGAUGAUAUAACCGCAGAUCCGAUUACAAAUCCAAAUCGGUUAACGGCAAUCGAUUACAGUCCUUUGUAAUGGUUACAACGCUAUUACCUAAAGCCCUGUUAUUACAUGCUGAUGUUCGGCUUGAAGAGGAUCUUUUCCUCUUUUCUUUUCACUCACCCGAUCCACUUGUAAUACCUAAUUUGGAGAGAAACGAAAUUAAGUGACUGUCGUCGCACUUUCGAGGGUCUUUGCAUAACACAAAAGAGGUUUUUCGUUGGGUGAUGAGUGUCAGAUUCAGCCCCUGGUCUCGAAGUUUUUACCUCCAGCCUUCGACCUUUAUAUAUCCGGGAAUUACCGCGACAUCUCCUCUUGUUAUUUACUGAAUUUUCUCUGAUUUAGUCAUGGAUUGGGGACUCAAGGCUACAGUCACUUCUGCUGCCUCUUUGGCCGGCAUCGCCCUCCUCUCAUUGGCCAUUGGAAUGCCAAUGUUGAUGAACGACAUUGCUAUGCUCGAGAUGGAGGCUUCCCUGGAGCAUCAAGUUUACAUGGAUAUGUCCAACCAGAUGUGGAGUGAGCUUAUGGAGCAGGACAAGGUGAUUCGUCAUGCUCGUGCCGCUGCUCCAGUCGUUCAAAGAGACAGACGUCAAUGUAAGUUGAUUUGUCAUUUUUAAGAAGUGUAGUGUCCUCUUGUAUUCAACUAAUAAUCUUUUCAAUAGGCACUAACCUAAUAUAUUUUCCAUUCCAGAUGAUGCUGCCGCCUCCAGCGGAUCCAGCGCCCAGCAAAAGCCCAACAACUGCCCAGCCGGACCUAAGGGUCCCCCUGGACCGAAGGGAGAAGAUGGUAUGCCCGGCACGGACGGUCUCGCCGGUCAACCCGGAUUGGGCGUCGGCCUCGACGACAACCCAUACGGAGCCCCACAGUCCAGCUCCUGCCAACCUUGCCCAGCCGGACCACCCGGUCUUCCCGGAUACAAAGGAAAGCGAGGACCACGAGGAGAUAAGGGACCCAAGGGAGACCAAGGAAACGCUGGACGCGACGGCCCAGAAGGAGAAGAGGGACCAGAAGGAGAAUUGGGAUACCAGGGAGACCAAGGCGCUCCUGGAGAAAAGGGUCUUCCAGGAGAAGAUGGAAUCGGAUACGCCAAGGGACCUCCAGGCCCCAAGGGAGAGGCUGGUACGCCCGGAUUGGAAGGAGACGAAGGUCUGCCCGGAGAAAGAGGAGAUGAUGCUUCGCCAGGCGCUCAAGGAGCCCCAGGUCCACAAGGACCUCCCGGAGAGCCAGGAAAGGAUGGGAUUCCCGGCCUUCCAGGAGCUGGAGGAACUCCCGGAGCUGACGCUGAAUACUGCCCAUGCCCAGAACGCGGCUCCGGAGGAAGUGGACCAGACGCUGCCGCUCAUCAAGCCCCAAGUGGAGGCGCCGCUGCCGGAUAUGAGAAGGCCGCUCCAGUGGCUCCAGCUCCAACUGCUCCAUCCGCUGCUGUCGAGGAGACCGCUCCUCCAGCUUCGGCCUAUCCCGAGACCGCUCCUGCCGCUUCUGCUGCCCCAGCUGAGGCAGCCAGCACCAACUCUGAAUAUCAGCGAGCUGUCGCUUCAAGACGUUUCGCCGCCUACUCCAAGUUGGCUCACGCCGCUUCUCUUCGUCGUCGUCACCUCUAA